GCUUCGCGCCUGUUGCAAAAUUCAGUGCCGCAGUUUCGUUCGUGACGAAAGGAUGUACGCCCGGUUGUAGGCCGUACAUACACACAUACAUAUACACACACAGAUAGAAACAUGCACAGCUUCGACAUGCACACGCACACAUCCAUCUACACAGACAACAUGCCAAAGAGCGGCGAAUACGAGGAGCUGGCUCAACUGUUAAAAUCUUGGAACGUCAGCGAGCUGUUGCCGUAUUUGCAAGAGGAGGCAAUUAACACGCAGGAGCUGCAGAUGUUGAAGCGUCAUCAUCUGAACGAGCUGCUGCGCAACUUUCGCUAUGGGACGAGGAUUCGGUUUGAGCAUCAUCUGGAACGCUGGCGCCGCUGGCUUAAUGUGCCGCUGCAGGAUGCGUCGCCCUGCAGCGGCAGAGCCCAAAUGGACAGCGGCUCCAUGGGCCAUUGCAGCGGCUGUCGCUGCUCCGGCGACAGUUUCCAGCAGACGAAAAGCCAUUCCAAGUCCGAUCUGUUGGACGACAGCCGAUCCAAGCAGUUGCCGGCGGAGCCCUUUGUGACGCUCAACGAGAUGGCGGAUGCCUCGCAUUUUAAUGUGCCGCUGCCGCUCAGCGAUCACAGCGAACUGGUCCACACGGAGCUGGUGACGGCGGAUCUGAUCAAGCCGGAAAUAACCGAACCGGAUGUCAGCGAGGAGAGCGGCGUCACGGUGCUCUCCAUCUUGCAGGCAUCGCCGGUGAAGGCGCAAUCCCUGCUGGAGCGUCUCGGCCAGAACGAGCAGCUGGACGCAGUGCAGCGCCUGCUUCUCAUCCAGCUCAUCUGCAGCUACUACGAGGACAAUCGAUUGCAUUUGACGCUGCAGCGCAGUCACCUGCUCGAACGCGAGAUCCUCCAGCUCUUCCCCAAGGAGCAGCUCUGCUUCUAUCGCACCGAGCGGCGCGGCAAGAUCUACGUCAGAUUCACCAAUAUGAAGCGGAACAAACGCUUUGGUGCCCAGAAGCGUCGCCGCGAGGAGUCGAUGGCACCGCCCACCUCCUUCGUGUCCAAGGAGGUCACCUUCGGCGGCGACCCCAUGUCCAGUCCCGAGAGAUCAGAUUGAUAUGCUAAGCCUAGUUUCUAAGAUAGUCUCCGCACAACUUACUAAUCCCAAUCCACAUCAUAUCGAUUCCUAGACCAUGCACGCAAUAGGUAUUUGACUUGAACAUCGAUAAACCGAUAUAUCUUAUGUAUCGUAAUUGU